AUGGCAGCCAGCUCGACAAAGAAGAGAAAGAUUGCGGUACUCGGGUCGCGCUCAGUCGGCAAGUCCUCGCUUGUCGUACAGUUCAUAGAAAACCACUUUGUGGAUUCAUACUAUCCUACCAUUGAGAAUACGUUCUCUAAAGUCGUCGCCUACAAGGGGGUAGAGUACGAUUGUGACAUCAUCGACACCGCUGGCCAGGAUGAAUAUUCCAUUCUCAACUCCAAACACGCCAUCGGUAUACACGGCUAUGUCCUCGUAUACUCCAUCGCCUCAAGACGGUCCUUUGACAUGGUCAAGAUCGUCUACGACAAGAUCAUCGAUUUCUGUGGUAAAAAUGAAAUUCCCUGUGUAAUUGUCGGUGCAAAGAGCGACUUGCAGUCAAGUAGACAGGUUCAGCCUGGGGAAGCCGAGGAACUCGCCAAAACGAAACAAGCCGCAUGGGUAGAAACCAGUGCGAAGAAUAAUGUCAAUGUCGGCAAAGUGUUCGAACUAUGUCUUGCGGAGAUCGAGAAGCGCUCGCCCCGCAGCCAAGCCGACCAGCCCGAGCCUGGCAAAUGCAUCAUUAUGUGA